CGAGGUGGAGAAAUUUUUCAUGAAACUUGUCCAAGACACCAUGGAACAUAGAGAGGAACAUGGGGUAAGGCGCAAUGAUUUUAUGGAUAUGUUAAUGGAGCUUAAGGGGUCCGGAGAGGAUCCUACAGAUUUGUCCUUCAAUCAAGUGGCGGCCCAGGCAUUUCUCUUCAUGUUGGCGGGCUAUGAGUCCUCAGCCAGCGCCCUCACUUAUGCUCUUUAUGAAUUGGCACAAAAUCAGGAGGUGCAACAAAAGGCAAUGCAUGAAAUUAUGGAGGUCUUGAGGAGGCAUAAUGGAGGACUGGACUAUGAAGCUCUGAAGGAAUUGGGGUAUUUGGAGCAAAUUAUGCAGGAAACCCUUCGCCUAUAUCCUCUUGGUUAUGUAUUGACUCGCCAGGCCUUAGAGGAUUAUAGAGUAGCCCAGCACCCAAAAUAUUUCAUCAAAAAGGGCACACCCAUUUUCAUACCAGCCGGGGCCAUUCAUCGUGAUGACCGAUACUUCAACAAUGCCAACAAAUUUGAUCCCGAUAAUUUUAGUCCAGAAGCUGUUAAGUUAAGAGAUUCAAUUCUCAAUCUAUCCUUUGGCCAGGGCCCGCGCAGCUGUAUUGGUCUACGUUUUGCCAAAAUGGUAACUCUGAUUAGUCUAGCAAUGUUGUUGAAGGAUUUUAAGUUUUCCACAUGUGCUUCGACCCCAAUUCCAUUGGUGUUCAAGGCCCGAAAUUUUAUAAAUUAUCCGGAAAAGAAAAUUGUUUUGAAAGUUGAGAAAAUUUAAGGAAAAUAAA